AAAUAUGUCGGAAACCAUCAUGGUCUGGGCAGGGUGUGUACGACGUAGUAGCCGAGCGCAGUCGCUGUGCGUCGACGUCCCAGCGAGACAUUCAAGUCGACGCGCUCGUGGCGCGUGAGCUCGGCAUCGUCAGCGGCAGCACUUCCCGUGCCUGUUUCUCAAUCUACCACCGCCUCGUUUUGCUCGCUGCUUUUGACGGCGCCGACGCUGCUACUAUGAAUACGUUCGACCCUCUCAGCUCAGCGUUCCCGACGGAGGAACCUCCCUGGCCAACCACUCCGCAUACUCCCCACACUCCGAUCCCGAACUUGCCACGCCCAUCUCCGCAUCUCGAUACUUCACGAACGCAGUCGUCGAACGGCUUAUAUGGCAAGGAGCCUCAAAUAUACGGGCAGCCAGAGCCUGGACUUAUAUCCCCCCGAUUGACCACUGCAUCAAAUGGGACUAAAUUCGAGAGACCGGAGCCGUAUCUCAGAGUACGAAUUACCGGUUUGGACAGGAACAGACGGGACAUUUUGGUCAAGUUCGAUGCGCAGACGAACCUGGUGAAUUUCACCGGGACGACGUACCGCAACGUGUCGCGAUCGUAUCAGGAGUUCCAGCAGUUCUACGACGCCAUCAUCCACACUAUUCCACAAACCAUCAUUCCUGCUCUCCCGCUGCCCAAGACGUCGGCGCCGACGGACGAGGAGGAUGACAGGCUCGUGAAGAUCAUGCUGCAGAGAUGGUUGACUAGGAUCUGUGAGGAUCCAAUCCUCCUGCAGGAGGAAGAACUCCGCUCCUUCAUCGAGAGCGACUUUGGCUACCAGCCCACACCAAAUGUCCGACGUAAAACCUCGAGUGGGUUCAGUCUGAUCAAGUCGCGAGUGCCAGACGAGGACGAGGAGCUCCAGCGGGCUCGCUUCGAACUGACGAAGUUGGAGAGCCAGUAUCUCGAGGCGGCCAAGGCUAUUGACAAGCUCUCUCGAACACGGAAAGGACUUGGGUUGGUGCGAGCUGAGAUGGGAAACAAAUUCGUGAACGUGGCGACAACAGAAGCUCAUCCUCCUUUGGGAAAUGCUAUCCAGAAACUGGGCAGAGCGUGGCACAGCCUCGCUGAUCUUGACCAGGCGCAGGGGAUCAGUGAAUGCGUUAUCGUCGGUGACUCUCUGGGCUACCAAGCGUUGAACGCACGGUCAGCUAAGGAGACACUGCAACAACGCACAGCUGUGUUGGAGGAUUACCAGGCCGCUGUGAAGACCACUAUUUCCAAGCGUCGAAACGUGGAACGACUCAAAGCUAGCAGCAACAUCAGGUCGGACAAGGUUGAUGAGGCUUUGGAGGAGAUGGAGGAGGCGAAUAAAUACGAGAUGAUCCUCGCCAAGCGAGCAGAGGGCAUUUCGCAGAACCUCCACCGUGCUCUGGAUAGACACAAGAAGCUUGUCACGGAGGACGUCACAGCAGCACUGGUCGAGCAUGUUCGUUCGUCCAUCAUGUACGAGCGACAGCUGCUGCGAGAGCUCGAGGCACUCAGGCCAGACGUGCAAAACGCGGCAAAGAAGCACGUUCCGGCCAAGCCUGCUGCAGCACCUCGUCCAACAUAUAUUCCGCCAUUAGAGGAUUUCUCGAAACCGCCAGCACCUCGGCCUGCAUCUGCUGUCCCUACCACUAGCACAUUCAAAGUGUCACCCAAUACCACACAGGGGCCGCCUCGUACCGCCAAUGCUUCGCCCCAGCCUCCAUUGCCAGUAUCACCUUCACCAUCCUCGACAGGCACGAUUAGGAGCACCUUGCCUCCACAAUCUCCUGGGGCCGGGCCGUCUUCUCCAUUCCCACAGCAGUCUUCCUUCACUCCGCCUCAGCUUAGCAGCGAUGGUCCGCCACUCGGCGGCCGUUUCGUCGACGGUACGAAGUCGAUGUUCGUCAAGUCGACCUCUUCGCCCUUUUCGCCUGUAUCCCCUCUUCAUCGCCCGAUCUCACCCGCGCCAUCAGCAAGGGGCACGCUGGAUUCCCCAUUGCAUGGGCCACAUCCUCUCACGAACCCGCCCUUGUCGCCGCUGUCGCGUCCGACAAAUGGCGGCUUUUCGUCUAUGCCGUCAUCUCCGGCGGUAGACCCUCUUACAGGCAUGCCUGUCACCAUGUCACAAUCUAUGAGGAUACAGCCAACCAGGCCGAAACUAGAUGCGAGGGAGGCUGCAAGCAAGCUCGCGAACAUGUUUUAGAACUCUUCCUGCCGUAUCGAUACCUCAGUAUGCUAUUUCCUAAUUCCCAUGUCGCCAGGAUGCGUCAGGAUGUCAUAUGCUUUCUAAGGACUCUCAUAAAGUACGCGUGCGGCCGCAUCCUCUCACUCCGAGAGGCUCUUCCCUGCGUUCCUGGUCAUGUGACCGCGAUAUUCUACUUAUGUCCCAUAUGACUCGCUGCGGGGCUCCGCGAUUGUGUCUUCCGUAAAACUAAGCUUGAGGCGACUGUCUACCAGAUCAAAGCAGGUACAUCUCAUUCCUCUUCACCAUUCUUCUGUAAGACACCUGCGUUGAUCAUGCCCAAGAAAUCGUGAGCCAUGAUG